AUGGGAGUUUCAGAACCAGUCCUGGAAGGAACCUUUAUUAAAGGCCUUAAACCAGAUCUCCAUUCUGCUGUUCGUGUUUUGCAACCUGGGGGGCUAACUCAUGCUAUAAAACUGUCUAUUUCAAUUGACGAAAACAGGUUGUUUGGAAGUUCUUUGCAAGGAGGGGAUUCCUAUCGCCCAACUGGGUCGACAACAAAUUUUGCUAACCGUAAUAUUGGAUCAUGUUUAACUCGAACUUUUUUAUCCACCCCUACAACCGAUCGGAAAGGAGGAACUUGUAAAAGCAAAGCCUUGCAAGUAUUAUGGGUGGAACCAGAUGAGUCAGGGGAAGACGAGUGCUUGGAAUAUGAAAGUCUACAUGAACAUCUCGACUCGGUGGAGGUAUCUUUAAAUUCAGCAAGUGGAUUAACAUCUCCUCACACAAUGAAAAUUUGUGGAAUCAUAGGUGGAUUAGAUGUGGUGGUACUAAUUGAUAAUGGGGCAACACAUAAUUUUGUUUCAUGGGAGUUGGUGGACAAGAUUGGAUUAGUUUUGCUGGGAAGUAAUUUAGUGGGGGUAAAAAUGGGCAAUGGAAUUAUAGAAAGAAGUCAGGGAAUUUGCAAAGGAGUCCAUAUCUCUUUACCAGAUAUACAAGUGGUAGAUGAUUUUUUACCAUUAGAAUUGGGUGGUACUGAUGUAAUCCUUGGAAUGAAAUGGUUAGAAACGUUAGGGGAGAUGACAGUUAACUGGAAGGAGUUAACCAUGGAAUUUUAUGAGGGCGACAGACGUGUUUUCCUAAAAGGGGACCCGAGUUUGUGUCGUACUUUGGUUUCACUUAAGUCAAUAAUACGGUCUUUACAGCAUGUAAAGAACGGAUAUUUUGUUGAGUUGAAGCAGAUGGAAGAGGAAAACCUGACUAUGCAAUAUCCUAUGGAUGUCAUUCAAAGUUUGUUGGCUGAUUUUGAUGAUAUUUUUCACAUGCCAAAUGGGCUUCCUCCUGAGCGACAUCAUGAACAUUCAAUUGUACUUAUACAAGAUAUUGAACCAAUAAGUGUGUGUCCUUAUCGGUACCCUUACGCCCAAAAAAGUGAGAUUGAGAAGCUGGUGAAAGAAAUGCUUCAAGCUGACAAGUUUCCAAUUCCAGUCAUUGAUGAAUUAUUGGAGGAGUUACAUGGCGCAACUAUGUUUUCGAAGCUUGAUCUAAAGUCGGGUUAUCAUCAAAUCCGAAUGAAGAAGGAUGAUGUUCCUAAGACGGCAUUUCGAACUCAUGAAGGGCAUUAUGAAUUUUUGGUUAUGCCGUUCGGUUUGACCAAUGCGUCGGCUACUUUCCAGUCUCUUAUGAAUAAGAUAUUUCGUCCUUACUUACGCAAAUUUGUUUUAGUAUUUUUCGACGAUAUUCUUGUUUAUAGUAAGACACUGGAAGAGCACAAGAAACACCUGAUCAUCAUUUUUUCGUGCUUAAGAGAGCAUCAGUUAUAUGCCAAUAAAAAGAAGUGUGCUUUUGCUCAACAAAGAAUUAAGUAUUUAGGUCAUGUGGUGUCAAAUGAUGGUGUAUCAGCAGAUCCCUCCAAAAUUUCAGCUAUGUUGGAGUGGCCACUUCCAAAAAAUUUAAAGAAAUUGAGGGGUUUCUUAGGAUUGACAGGGUAUUAUCGAAAAUUUGUAGCAGGUUAUGGUAAAAUCGCCUUAGCAUUAACUGACAAACUGAAAAAAGAUAAUUUCAGUUGGGAUGAAGACGUAACCAGUGCAUUUCAGGCUUUGAAGUUGGCAAUGGCUACUGAGGAGCAUCAAAAGUGGCUUACUAAGUUGUUGGGCUAUGAUUUUGAUAUUCAAUAUAAGCCUGGCAUUGAAAACAAGGCUGCUGAUGCAUUAUCAAGACGAGAAGAUACUGUAGAACAUUGUUUUGUUAUGUCAGUUUCCAGGUUUGUAAAUUGGGAAGAGAUGGGUGAUGAUUUGUUGAAAGAUUCUGAGUUGAAUUCAAUCAAAGAGGUCAUUGUCAGUGGAAAAUCGAAUGCUGGUGAGUAUACCAUCCUUGAUAAUAGGCUGUUUUACAAAAAUCGACUUGUGCUACCAAGAACAUCAGGAUGGAUACCACGUCUCUUUAAUGAGUUUCAUAGUGGAGUUAUAAGUGGUCAUGCAGGAGCACUAAAAACUUACAAGCGUAUGGCUGCAGAAUUAUAUUGGAUUGGAAUGAAGAAAGACGUGAUAAAAUUUGUUUCCGAAUGUGAGCAAUUCCGACCGGUGACGACUGUUGCUUCUGAAUCCGCUUUUAGUGCCGGGGGAAGGGUUAUUGAUCCCCAUCGUGCAUCUCUAGGAACUGAUACGGUUGAGAUGCUUAUUUGUGGAGCUGAUUGGUAUCGUCACUACUAUGGGCUGCAUAAAAAGAAUAACAAGGAAAGUGAUGUUUUAAUAAUUCAGCUUCCAUGA